AUGCAAACUUUUCUAAAACCCGAAAAUGCCCUCAAAAGGGCCAACGAACUUCUCUCUAUAGGCCAGCAAGAUGCUGCGCUUCGCAUUCUCCACUCCGCCAUCGGCCACCGGCGGUUCAGGUCGCAGGGGUGGGAUGCUGUGCAGGAGGCCAUUAUGAUGCGCCAUGUGCAGCUGUGUGUGGAUGAGGGCAAGCUGCGCCUGGCGCGAGAUGGACUCCACCAGUACCGCAUUGUCUCCCAACACGCCAACACCCAGUCCCUCGGCAAAGUCGUCGCAGAGCUUCGCUCCAGAGCGGAGGCCAGACUUGCUGCUGCCAAGGCCAAGGCCGGAGACGAGGCGGUCAGCAGCAGCAGCAGCAGCAGCAGCAGCAGCAGCAGCAGCUGGAGUAGCAGCAGCAGCAGCAGCUGGUGUAGCAGUUUGAGUAGCAGGAGCAGGGGUAGUGGUGGCAGCAGUAGCAGCAGCAGCAGGGAUAGUGGUGGCAGCAGCAGCAGGUGCGGGGGGAGAAGCAUUGGUAGCUGCAGCAGCAGUUACAGCGGCAGCAGCAGCAGCAACAGCAGCAGCAGUAGCAACAGAAGCAGCAGUAGCAACAGCAGCAGCGAGAGCAGCAGCAGCAGCAGCGAGUCGGUUCUCGUGCUCAUCAGCGGCCCGAGAGACCUGUUGAGGAGCUGCAGCAGACUUUGCCCAGCAGUUUAG